UAAAACUCUCGUUGAAAACUCUCUACGCUAUACCCUCCCCAAAAAGCCGCCACUAUCCACUAACGCGUCGUCUCUUUCUCUCUCUUCUCUCUUCCACCACGUUCACUCACCACUGAAGCCGGUCUUUUUUCUCUCUCUCUCCUUUCUUUGUCUGCAGUCGCUUCUCAACUCUCAACCAUAUUGUCACUCGGUUUCCUUGGAAAUUCACUACGUUUCUCCAGUUUUCAAAGCUUUUUCGAAUUUCGUUGUCAUGGUUAUUGUCAAGAAGGUUUCCAUAGUUUCCGGAUAAAAUAUAAAGAUUUAAAACAGUUUUUUGGAGCGGUUUUCAAGUGUGCGCGUUGGUUUUUUCUAUAGUAACUAUAGUAACUUUUUGAAAAUAUAUAAAAAAGAUGGACCACCACCUGGUACUGCCGACCCCCCCGCGGUCCCCCGCCCCCCCAAACACCCCACAAAAAAUUAAACUCGAAAAAGAAGACAAUUAUCUUAAUCAUCAAGAUUUGCAGUUUGACGAUAUUUUUUCACUCUUGCCACACCCUCAGGAGGGGGAGGAGGAGGAUCAAGAGGGGGGUGUGGAGUUUGAAGAUUUAAGGGGCCAUUUUGGGGAAAAAGGGAGGAAAAGGAAAAUCAGUGGAUUUUUCCCCGUGGGGGUCGAAUUUGAACAGUUGCUAAGGGACCUCCCCCCCCUCAGUGGCCUCCAAAAUUUCGACAUAACGGCCAACUCCCUCCUGGACUCCCUAAUCUCGAACCUUGACACAACCACCCCCCCACCAACUCGUCCCCCGUCCCCCCUCUCGAACCCCAUAGACGACGACCCCACUCUGGACUACCCCUUCAUAAAACAAGAACUCGACAAUUUCGACACGUUCGAGUUUAACGAUUUCUUAUCAACUUUCUCGUCCCCCUUUUCCCCCCAGCAACCACCCCCCACGUCCCCAGUGGAACCCCCCCAGAAACGUCAGAAAUAUUCCUCCACAUCAUCCUCCACAGAUUUACUAAACAACGACUGUUUCCUAUUUGAAGAAGAAGAGGAAGUCCCCCCCACGUCCCCCCACAGUCUCGAACACUUGAGAUUAGCGCUGAAUAAUGACCACAAUUAUUGUCAAGUGGAGGAUCUUGAAGAAAAUGUGGUUAUCGAUGGGGUGGAAAUUGGACAGGGGGGGAUGGGGGGAAAUCAAGAAAGGGGGAUUUAUUCACAUGGGGAACUACUAAAUUUUGAUAAUAUUCCCAAGAAAACCAAGAUUUUAGUGCCGUUGAAAUCUUUGAUGAAGACGUUGCAGCAGAAGAGUUUUCUCGUUUCCUCAGUGGGGCCGGGGAAAAAGGUGAUAAGGUUGGGAAGGGGGGAGAGUGUUAAGGGCGUCCUCCAAUCCACCACGGCCCUCUUAUCAUCUCAAUCAUACCACUCCCCCAAGAGCCACACCCCCUCCACCCCCACAAAUCCCCCCACCACCCCCACCCACCCCCCACAAAACCAUAAUGUACGAAAACGCCCCCACUCCAACCUCCUCCUAACGAAACUCCACCAAAUGGAUUCCGAACCUACCCCCACUUCCUCCUCCAGCCCCACGAUAACCUCGGGCCUCCUCCCCCUGAAGAAAAAGACAAAGGCGCACAACAACAUGGAGCGCAUGCGCAGGAUAGAUUUACGCAACUCGUUCGAUAACUUGAAAAAAUUGGUCCCCAUUUUAGCCAAAAGCCCGAAAUGUUCGAAAGUCGAGAUUUUGAAGAGGGCGGAAGAGUACGUCAGGGGGCUGAGGGGGGUCGAGAAGAAAUUAGUUAAAGAAGAGACGCUGUUAAAGGUUAAGAUGCAAGAGUUGAAAAGUAGGUUGGGGAAUUGUAGUGGGGGGACAGGGGGGGAUGGGGAGUUUUGAGUAGUGUAGUUGUUAUGGUAUUUGAAAUAAAUUUUUGUUUUUUUUUGGAA